AUGUCCUUAGAGUCUUCCUCUGCGAGAGUUGAGAAGUCUCUUUUCACUUCACCGCCGUCAUUGCACCACACACCUGUGGCCGCGACGGCUGCGUUAACCCCCGCCACGGGGGUCACGGGUCUUCCGCCAGAGUGCACGGCGAAGGUCAGCAGCGUCAUCACGGAUGACCUCCGUCAGCUAAGCCGCGACGACCUCGACGUAAGGCGGUGGCUCAACGCGACCUUGUCACGGGUGCUGGAGGCGGCGAAGGACACACCGAUCACAUCCGGUGAAGCGCGCAGCAGCGGCAGCAGCAACACUGGCACGAGCACCGCGCCGCGCAAGUCGCCGCAGGUGGAGGAGCCGCUCGUGCAGCUGCUACUGGCACGGGUGCAGACGCAUCACCAAGAGCUAAGCGCCAGUAUCGAGGACCUCGUCUCCAACACGCUGGUCCGACUACCCCGCACCACGAUGGAGCUCUCUCGCAUGAGUACCGAGGCUGGCGAACUCACCGGGCAGCUGAAGUCCAUUGAGGACAUCGUGAAGCCGGCAGUGAAUGCGAAAUCAGACGCCUACGUCGCCCAGCUGCACGUCCGCAAGGCAUCGGAGAUGAAGCUGCGGAAGUGCAUGCGGCUGCUGGAGAAGGCGGCACGAGUCGAGGAGAGCAUCCGCAAUAUUCAGUACCUGGUCGAACAUCGCGAAGCUAAUGCUGGUCAUCAAAACAAGAGCGAUAGCAGCAACAACAAUAAUCACGGGACGCUGUCCAGCGCUGAUCUACGGAACAACGGGGCUGAUGCAGCUGGCAAGGCGUCGGCGACAACGACAAAAGCAACGCGUCAGCGCGACCUCGAUGAAGUAGCCGCUAUCAUUCGCCAAGCCCGCGACGAUCUGAAAGAGAUCACCGCCGUCGAUGACACUUUCGGUGAGCAGUACAAAGCUCAGCUGGAACAGUUCGAGCAGUACAUCGAGCAGGCGCUGGAGGAGGAGUGCGUGGCGUGUCUGCGCACCCACCAACUGGAGCGGGCAACACGAUUGAUUACGACGCUUCAUAGCAUUGGCCGCGCAGAUGCGGUGCUGCGGCGCUACGGGGAGCAGGCGGCGACACAGAUGGUCGAGCAGCAAGCCGCGAAACUACGUGCGGUGUUCGACGGAGGCAACGACGGCGUGAAAAGCGGUCGCAACGCGGCCGCAGCGGUGGUGGCCGAGUUGCUGCGAGAUGAAAUCAUCCCUGACGACAGUGUCUUUCUCUCGCAGGAGCUUACUUUUCUGGCCCAUCUCGUCCGCGGUGCAGCCGCAGCAGCAUCAGCCGUGGAAGAAGGAGGCACCACACCUUCUGCCGCCUCGACGACAGCGGAAGGCGGCACGGGUAAAAGCGACGGGUCCAGCACGCCCCUGCGCACGUCUCCGCCACCCAGCGCUGGGACGUUUGCUGCAAAAGACGGUGGAGGUCACGAUGUAUCAUCACCAAGUGCAAAAGGUACCUCCUCCAGCAGCAGCCAUGCGUUGGAAGACGAUGCGCGAGCGGUGCAGGUACUCGAGGUGCUUGAGGUGCUCCUCGCAAAGCUGUACGUCCCGGUGCAGACGGUGUUGCAGACGCUGCUGACGGAGCGGCCCGACACGACCAACAAAGACUUUGUCGCCUGCUUUACCGCCACGCAGCAGAUCAAAAUAUCGGUCAACGCCGCGAGUCUCCCUGCGUCGUCUGCAGCGGGGGCUACGGCGAAAGACCCGCUCGAGAAGCUGGCGAGAGAAGUCACACAUCGCGCCGUGGCUCUCUUUGCCAGUCUCUUCCAAGAGGAGAAGAUGCUGACGCGCUACGCCGAUCGCGUCUGCACGCCGGUCCGCGUCUACUGCGCGCAGCCACUCACCAAGAUUCUUGUUUCCUCCCCUUCUUCCUCUUCAGGCCCUGCCUCGUCCUACGACGACUCUCUGGCGCAGGUGUUGACUCAGGCCGCACAGGAGGUGCUGGUGUACGUCCCUGAAAAAAUCAGCGCUCGCUGCACCGCAGCAUGGCACGCGGAGCUGUCCAACACGCUCGCCCAGCAGCUCCAACCCACGCCCGGCGCUUCCCAGCACGUCCUUCUCCAGCACCUCUACCUGUACAAGGAGCGCAUCAAGCCGCUGCUGGCCAAGACGCAGCAGGCGGUGGAGGACUGGUUGUCUUCCGGUGCGAUGCAGGAGCGCUACCCGACCAGCGCGGGGCUGCUCCGUGCAGACCUGCAGACGCGUCUGUGGACGCCGUUGAAGACGGAGGUGGAGGCGGCGCAGCGGGCCACGCAGCUCGGCAUCCUGCAUGGCAUUACACGGCCGAUUCUGGCGAAGGUGGAAAGCUACACGGCGCUGCCGUGCUGGGGCAACCACGACAAUGCUACGCGUGUCGGCAGCCCCGGCGCACAGGGCGGGGCUGCCGCCGCCUCGGCCAAGCAGUUGGGUCUCCCGACGCAGAGCCAGGUGGCUCCGAGCAGUGCGGUGCGGGACAUGGGUGAGAUGCUGAUGGAGCUGCCGCUGACACUCGAAACACUCGCCUCCACCGCCGUCGCAGAGAGCUACCGGGGUGCGGCGGACAGCAACGGCGGCGUUCGUCGGAGUGCAGCAGCGACCGCGGUUAUCGCAGCAAACGACGCCGACGCUGAGGAGGGCGUGCGUGUGUUGAUUGAUGAGCAGGCGGAGGUGUGGCUGGAGACUGUGGUGGGGGAUGUUGUGCGAGCCUUCCUCGACGAGAAGGUGCUUCCUCUCAAGAUUGGACCGUUCACGGACGCGGAGCAACCCGGCGAAGGGCAUGUCAACACGCUUAAUACGGAAGCAACCGCCCAGCUCUACGCUAUGGCGUUAGAGCAGCUCACCACGGACCUGGAUUACCUUCGGAAUAUUCUGUCCGCGGUGAACGAGGAGUCGCAAGAGACGGUGGAGAGGGUGAUGAGCGCCAUUCGCGCGUUGCCCUCCGCCAGACUCGAAGCUUUUACGGUUGGUGAGGCUACAGGUUUGGCGACGUGUGAGGCGGUGGACGGCGAGGACGCACGGAGGGAGAAAAACGAGACCGCUGUUCGUCCAGCUAAAUCCGCUUGA